GGUCAGCCAGCCGUGAGCUAGACUAGACGUCUCUAUGGUCAAGUAAACAUAGAGCGGUUCCUCUCUUUCCCACGUGGUGGGGCUGCGCAUGAGCGGGAGCCGCGGCAGCGGGAAGAUGGCGGAGGAAGAGCAAAGAAAAAAGAUCCCUUUGGUUCCGGAAAAUCUCCUGAAAAAGAGGAAGGCUUAUCAGGCCCUCAAAGCCACCCAGGCAAAGCAGGCACUUUUGGAAAAGAGGAAGCAGAAGAAAGGAAAAGAGCUCAGAUUUAAGCGACUGGAAUGGUUCCUACAUGAUUCCUGGCGGCAAAAACGUGACAGGGUGCGCCUCAGACGACUGGAAGUGAAACCUCACGCCUUGGAAGUGCCAGAUGAACAUUCCUUGGCCUUUGUCGUACGAAUCCAAAGGAUUAAUGGGGUGAGUUUACUGGUGCAGAAUACCAUUGCAAAGCUUCGCCUAAAGAAGAUUUUCAGUGGUGUCUUUGUCAAAGUGACAUCUCACACUAUAAAAAUGCUGCGUGUAGUGGAACCUUAUGUGACCUGGGGAUUUCCAAAUCUGAAGUCUGUCCGGGAACUCAUCUUGAAACGUGGACAAGCCAGGGUCAAGAAUAAAACCAUCCCUCUGACAGACAACACAGUGAUUGAGGAGCACCUGGGCAAGUUUGGUGUCAUUUGCUUGGAAGACCUCAUUCAUGAAAUUGCCUUCCCGGGGAAGAAUUUCCAGAUGAUCUCAGCGUUCUUGCGCCCUUUCCACCUCUCAGUGGCCCGUCACGCUACCAACAAUAGAGUGGGCUUCCUCAAGGAGGUGGGCUCACCUGGCUAUCGAGGUGAACGCAUCAAUCAGCUCAUCCGGCAGCUAAACUAAACCCAGAAUAUCUGAAAGCACAAUGCGUUGGAAGCAUGGUUGUUUUUAUUUUUGGAAUCAUUAUCCAGUAUCUUCAAAGAAGAUUAUUUUCUGCUAUAUCUUCAGGAACUGGAGAGGAAGGAGAAGAUAGUGAUGUUCCUAGCAGGCACUUCUCAUCACAGCCCAGUUCCGAGGAAAAAUUCCAGUGUAUUUUCCACGUUGGCCACCGCUGCCACCUCUGAAGUUAGCAAAGGACUCAUGCCACAGAGGAGGCAGUCCUGCUUUGUCACAUUUUCUAUCUAUAAAUAGAUCUAUCUAUCUAUUUAUUUGGUGAAUAAAUACCAGACAGCAGUGGACCAAGCCCAGAGGCAUACUUGAACCUGGAGAUUCCUAGGGCCUUGUUUUGGAAAGAACUUAAAAUAGGAUUAGAAGAGCACAAAAAUAGUG